CCAGCUUGGCCACAGCCACCAAAUCGAGAACCUGGCCAUGGAGCAGGGCAGAGAGACCCUCUACUGUGACGAGAAGACAUUUACCAGUGUAUAUCAAAUGAUGACCACACUGGGACGAGGAACCUUUGCCACAGUCAAACUGGCCUUCCAUAUGCCCACUGUCAGCUACGUGGCUGUGAAGAUUCUUGCAAACGUGAAGGGGUACUCCACCCAGAACAACAACGAGGUUGAUAUAAUGAGAUCCCUCGUUCAUCCGCAUAUAAUCAAGUUCAUUCAGGAGGUCCAGACAGAGGAGAUGACAUAUCUCAUAAUGGAUUACGCCUCUAAGGGGGACCUGUUGCAUCAGAUUCGCAAACCGGGAGGCUUACGGGAGUGCGAGGCUCGAAAACUCUUUACUCAGGUACUGCAGGCAGUGAAGUACUGCCACGACAACUGGAUCGUCCACAGGGACAUUAAGGCAAAUAACAUCUUGAUCGACGCCUCUGGGAAUGCCAAGCUCUGUGAUUUUGGCCUUGCGGUGAAAGUCGUCCCUGGCACAAAACUAAAGAAUCCCUGCGGCACUCUGGCCUACUGUGCCCCGGAACUCUUCGGAGGGGAGCCUUAUGAUGGCUAUGCCAGCGAUGUUUGGAACUUAGGCGUACUCCUCUACUAUAUGGUGGCCAGGCACAUGCCGUUCCAAGCGAGCUCUUCUGCGGGAUUGAGGCGCCAAAUUUUGGCAGCAAACUUCAGCGUUCCUCCUCAUGUCCCACUUGAUAUUUUCAACGUAAUCGUGGAAAUCCUCAUGAUCAACCCCGACAGGAGGCCCACCAUCAGCCAAAUCCUGACGCGCCCCAUGAUCAUGGACAGCCAGGCACGGGCAUCCAUCCAGAGUCUCCCAGGCACCCCGAGCCCUAGCAUUGUCAGCACCAUGGCAGGCGUGGGGUACCAACCUGAAGGAGUGAUUCAGUGUUUAGAAGCCCAAAAAUUUAAUCAGGCGAUUGCCAGAUACCUGAGUCUGCAACACCAGGCACCCACGGGAGACUGCUGCCAUCACCGGGUGAAAACCACAAAACAGAUGGAGCCAGGCCUUAUCCUCAACCUGGCCAAUCUUCACACCUUUCCUGGGACUCCUGGGAGAGCUGCUGAGCCUACUCUGCCAACCGUCAUCAUGCCAUCUGAGCCCCAGAAGAAAGAAGAUAAGAAUUCCAGGCAGGGUGGCAGAAGGCAUAGCGUGCCUGCCACCCUGUGCUGCCCGCCUAGGAGGAUCCACCUUACCCACCUAUCCCACCUGCGCUGUCCUGUGGCUGAUUCCAUCAUGAACAGCAGCCUGGAGACCAGCAAGAGUUUUUCGCAGUCAAACAUCGGGUUGUGUGGCAGCCUGAUGACCACAAUGAGGCUGCAAAUGAUGCAGAGAAACUCUGGAGCUCGCUGGGGAUGGCUCUGCGUGUAA